UUCUCGCUUUCGACGGUGACGCCCUUCUUGGCCCCACACACACACGCAUUGAUCAAAUAGUUGUGUGAAAUGGCCACUCUUGAUGAUGUUAACAAGCAGAAGGCUAUCCAUUUGACUAUUACAGAAUCUUAUGCCAGAUCCUGGGACACUUGGGAAGGUGUUCGUGAGUUUAUACAAAAUUGGUAUGAUGGAGUUUUGGAUAGCUUUGAAACAGUCUCUCCUGCUCCUACUAGUUCUAGAAGAACACUUAAGAUAGAACCAGUUCAGGCAAAUGAUUUUACUCAUUUUGAAGCUAAACUUGUGCAAGGCUCCGAAGCAGAGAAUGAAAAAAUAACUUUUGGUUCUUUGCAUUAUGAUAAAGAUAAAAAAACACUCACACUAAUCAAUAGAAACACUCAACUUCCAACUAAGGUUUUGCUUCUGGGUUAUUCAAGCAAGAGGAAUCAUCACGAUGUUAUUGGACAGUUUGGUGAGGGUUUAAAGAUUGGAACCUUGGCACUUUUGAGGAAAAAGCAUAAAGUGCGCGUUGCUACUCAUAAUUGCUCGUGGCACUUUUCUCUUGAGAAGCAUCCACAUUUUGAUGAAACUGUUUUGACUGUUACACUUGAAGAUAUCCAAGAAGAUUUUCAAACUUUUACUGCUGCAUUCAGGUAGUAGUGAUGCAUGCACUGUACCAUGUACAUGUAUCUUAUGCUAAUUUACAGUACCUGUAUACAGUCUUACAUUUUUAUGCAUGUGCAUGUACAUGUACAGUACAUA